AUGCCAUUCUCCCUCGCCAUCAUCGGAGCCGGACCUGCGGGCCUAACGCUCGCGCGUCUCUUACAGGUCUCUGAUCUUGAGAUCACAGUCAUGGUCUUCGAGCACGAUGCUUCGCCCACGGCUCGUCCGUCCCAGGGCGGGACAUUGGACUUGCACACCGACACUGGACUGGCGGCGCUGAAGAAAUGCGGGCUCUGGGACGAGGCGGUCAAACGCCUCCGCUACGACGGCGAGGAGUUGACGAUCGCCGACAAGAACGACACGCAUAUCCUGCAUAUGACGGGGGGCGGUGGACCCAAAAUCAAGUCCAAGGAGAGCGAUGGGGAGUUGGACUACGAGAGGCCCGAGAUCGAUAGGGAGGCGUUGAAGGAUCUAUUGCUGGGGAGUGUGAAUCCCGGGUGGGUGCAAUGGGGAAAGACGCUGCAGAGGAUCGAUCCCCAGACGGGAGUACUGAGCUUCAGAGAUGGUACGACCGCUGGACCGUUCGAACUCGUGGUGGGCGCCGACGGCGCGUGGAGUAAAGUCAGACAUGUCCUGACAGAUGUCUGGCCACAGUAUGCUGGGGUUGCUGGGUUUGUUGGGCACAUUGCCAGGCCGAACGAGGAGUAUCCGCCGUUGUCGAGGACGGUGGGCCGUGGGAGCUACUUUGCCUGUUCGGACGGGAAGUAUUUGAGCGCGCAGAGGAUGGGGGAUGAGAGCAUCAAGGUGGGCGUGUGGUUGAAAAAGGAGGGUUCGCAAGGUGAAAGCUGGCCAGCAAAGAUCGUGGUAGCGUGCGGCGACGACGAGGAGAAGCUGAAGGACAAGAUCCUCGAGAACUUCCACGACUGGACGGCGACCCAGAGACAGUUCGUGAAGGUGGCGACCGGAUUUCGGCCCUGGCCGCUGUACGAGUUGCCUGUUGGGGAAUUUUGGGAACACAAGAGGGGGUAUACAUUGAUUGGCGAUGCGUCCAGUCUGAUGACACCGUUCGCAGGAGAGGGUGUAAACAAGGCUAUGAGAGACUCACUUGAACUGGCUGCCCGUUUAGAGGACGCUCUGAAAGCAAACGGCGAUGUGGAUGAAGCAGUGCGCGAGUAUGAGGAAAUCAUGUUCCCUCGAGCGAAGAGAUGGCAGACAGCCACGAUGCGGAACAAGGACGGAAUGUUCAGCAAUGAAGGACCCGUGACGUUCCUGGUGGGCAUGGUUGAUGAUAUUGCUGAGGAGAUGGGAAAGGAUCUAUCGAAGGGCAUCUCGAGCUGGAUCCCGUUCAAGACUGGCGUGUGGUGUUAUGUCGUUUCCAGACAAUGGAUUGGAGCUUGGAGGAGGCGCUUGAGCGGGAUGAUUUGGAAGGAGGAAUGA